AAAAAAAAAAAAAAACACCAACUCCAACUCCAACUCCAACUUUGAGCCCCUCAAAAACUCUCUUCACUCCUCUCUUCUCUUCUCAAAUCUCUCUCUCUCUCUCUCUCUCUCUCUCUCUAUGGCUAGCGCCCGAGACCGAGACCGAGACGACUCCUUGCUCCCAUUUACGACGCCGCCGUCCACGUCGUCUUCCCCGAUUGUGAUAUCCGACCCGCUCGACGGGUUCCUCUCCGACCCGAAUUCCCACAUCGGGACCAGCGCCUCCGGGAGCUUCCAGAACGAGGGUUUGUUGGCAGAUACUAGCGCGAGCGGCAGCGACGCCGAGUUUGGGUUUUCGAGGGGCGAGUUCCGGACGAGUCAACUCGCCGGCACGGUGGAGUUUUAUCAGAGGCAUGUGUUUUUGUGCUACAAGAACCCGCAGGUGUGGCCGCCGAGGAUUGAGGCGGCGGAUUUUGAUCGGCUGCCGAGGCUGCUCCACGCGGCGGUGAUGGCGAGGAGGGUGGAUAUGGGGAAAGAGACUCGCUUAACAAUAUGUGAAGGGCACGAUGGAACUGAGACUUCAAAUGGUGAUGUAUUAAUUUUCCCCGACAUGAUCAGAUACAGGAGAUUGACACAUUUUGAUGUUGACACAUUCGUUGAAGAAGUUCUUGUGAAGGAUGGUGAGUGGCUGCCUGGAACUCCUGAAACUCUGAGGGGUUCAUACAUAUUUGUAUGUUCUCAUGGGUCCAGGGAUCGCCGUUGUGGAGUCUGUGGGCCUCCCUUGAUCAAUAGAUUCAGAGAAGAGAUAGAUUUGCAUGGUCUACAAGGUAAAGUGUCUGUUAGGCCAUGUUCACACAUUGGAGGGCAUAAGUAUGCAGGAAAUGUAAUUAUAUUUGGAUCAAAUAUCAACAAAGAAGUCACUGGCCACUGGUAUGGAUAUGUUGCUCCAGAAGAUGUACCUCAAUUGCUUGAGCAGCAUAUUGGGAGAGGAGAAAUUGUAGACUGGCUAUGGAGGGGUCAAAUGGGUUUAUCAGAAGAACAACAGAAGAAAUCUCAAGAACUAAGGCUCCAGCCUAAUGGCGAGUCAAAUGUGGAGAAAAGAAGUACAGAGCUGACACAAACGAAGGAAAGGGGGAUGAAUACUGGUCCAUGCAGAUCUCAAGUUGAAAUUGGGGGAUGUUGCCAGGAAAACGGAAGCUCUUCUUGCUGCCAGAACACUUCGUUAACAGAUAGGAUAAGUAGUCCUGAUUUGAAUAUGAUGGCAACACAAGCGACAUCUGAAAAGAAAAAGAGCAGUAGCAAACUACUUUCACGCAGAAGCAAAGCUGCAUCUGCUCGAAAGUUUUGUGCUAUGCCAACAUGGUCUGAGAGCUGGGAGCGGGAAGAUACAUAUGCAGCUUUGGCUAUUGUUUGUGCUGCUGUGUCGGUUGGUGUUGCUUACAGUUGCUACAAACAGUUGAGAUGAAACCGAAUCCAAUCUUGUGUUGUUUAAACAUAUUAUAGGUUAGAGUUUCAACCCCCCUUAUUUCCUCAAAGUUUACAUUAUGGCUUUUGAUACUACAUCGAAUUGUAAGGUCCCAGCAAAAAGAAAGAUCUGUGCUGAGAUUAUAGAAGGGAAAAGGGUUGGAUACAUGUGUGCAUAUGUGUAAGAACGCGGGCGGGAAUACUGGAAUUGUGUCUUUCAUCUUUCUUUUGGAUAUAUAAUUUGUACUUGUGAAUAUAUCAAUGUAUUCUUAUUUAUUGAAUCGAAGCCACUGAUAAUAGAAGAGUUUUGCUUAA